AUGACAACCCGCUAUAUGUCUGCCAACAUAAACCUGCCUUUUGUGUACAAACAGGGCAUUACAGAAUGGUACAACUGGUCUAUAUUUGUUCCAUAUCAUUUGCCGAUUAUCUUCAUUUCUCAAUAUUCUCCCCACUCCCCUUCAGCUGCUGAAUGCCACAUGUGCAUCUCGUCUGACAGAGAAGAAAUCAUGUCAAGAACCAGCCAGCAUAGCUCUUUCACUGGAUAUAGACUAUCGCCAUGCUGUCUUCCCUCCCACAAGGCUUUGGCAUGCUCCUCCAUCCUUUUUUAUAUGUCAUUUGCUUUCUACAUCUUGUUUCUGCCCAACACAUCAUUAAUCUUUCAAUCUCCCUGCUUUUUAUUACAUUUCGAUCUCUUCUGUUCUCCAUAG